AAAUGAUGACCUUUCAGCUCUUCUUACUGAUUGCUCUAUCGUUUAAACUUAAAGUAGCAAGUACUUAUAGUUUGCCAUCAAAUAAAGAAUAUCUGGACACAACUAAUCUAAUUGAUGUACAUAAAGCAUUACAAGAUCAUAAUUUUAACGAAAAUAACUGGAGAGCCUUAUGUCUCUAUCUUGGAUUGUAUGUCAAUAGAUUAGACAUAAUUGAGGAAAAUCAUCAUAGUGUGGAUCGCUGCUUGCAAGAAUGUUUGAAGUUCUGGUUGUCACAAGCUGAUGGGGCCAAGAGUCCCACUUGGUUCUCAUUGAUAGUUGCAAUGAGAGAUAUUGGAGAAAUCACCACAGCUAAUGGAAUUGACAGAGAGAAGCAUCCUGCUUGUGAGAUUCUUGAUCGAUAUACAUCUGACCCCACUGUUCAAAGAAACUUACUUGGUUUAUCAUAUUUAUUGCACUCAGAAAAUAUAAUAAGUAAAAGAAUAUGGUCAAGUGGAGAAAAGCUGCUCAAAGAUGUUAAAAAAACCAUUUGUCAAAAUGAUCAACAUCUCAAAACUUUUGCAGAUAUUCUUCAAAGGUCAGAUAGAACUGAGAAAGUAGGGAAAGCUAUAAUGAAUGAAUACAAAGAAUACAAAGAAGAAUGCACCAAUGAAGAUUAUAAAAUCACUGCAGAAAAGGGCAUUCACUUGGACAUUGUGAAUUUUACAAAAGUGAGAAUGGUAUAUGCAGCUACCUUUGAUGCUAUAGAUAAAGUUAUUGCAAGUGAUACUCCUUCCCUAGCAGAGUUACAAACUUUUUUGCGACGUGGUUAUGGGUAUUGUAAAUUGCCAUCCCAAUGUGAAAGUAUAAAAGAUAUCUUUGACAUGAUUGCUGAUGAAUGUACAUUAAUUAAUAUUGGCCUACUAGAAAGUGUUGUGGAUUCCUGGAAUAAUGAAGAAGCUAAACAAAUAAUUGAACAAUACAACAAAUAUAUCAGUGAUUUUAAUCAAAUGAAGCUGCAUCGAUUUCUUGAUGCAAAAUUUUUUGAUGGAUCUCUUCUUCAGUCUGAAACAGCUUUAUUUUAUGUUGACCGGAGCAUUAAAAAUAGCACCUUGGAAGAUGUGAGAUUAUUAUUGGCAACUGCUUUUACAAAGCUUGACCAAUAUGUUAAAGUAGUUGUUAUCAGAGAAGGCAACUCUUACAUAAUCACAUGCUCAUUUCCUUUGCAUCUAUCAAUGGAACUCAUUUUAUCUGCUACGGAAAAUAUUGAAGAGCUCAAAAAGAAAGGAUUACAGAGAUUGACAAUUGGCUUUAGUACUGUUUAUGAUAAGGUCAAGGAUGAGGUUUGUGAACAAGAAAUGCAAAUGACUCAAAUGGGCUUUAUGACAAUGGGAGAAAGUCACUGUCCAUCAGAUAAUAGUUAUGGCAUGCUGGAACAAAUGGCAAUUUAUAUGAGCGUGAAUCAAUUGAAUGAAGCUAGUUAUAAAGAGGACACAGAAAUUGGCAUAAAGUCUAAUGACUCUGGCCCAUCAUCAUGGCUUUUAAUACUUCUACUUUUGUGUAUCAUCACAAUAUAUAUUUUCACAUCAUGUCAACCUCAUGAAGAAGCUACACUACUCACAUACAGCAGAAAAGGAAUAAGAUACAGUGAAGAAGAUAAAGGUGUCCUCAUAAAAUAUGACGAAGAAAUAAAAAUGGAACUGGCUCAAAAAGGACAAAACCCAAUGCAUGUUGACUUCAGACACAUCCACUGCUACAAGAUGCCUGGAGAUCAGUGUGAAUUGGACUCUACCUGCACUUGGGAGGAUCGUCUUGGCAAAAAAAGAGAUCAAAUUGUAUUCCUGGUUGACAAUAAACAUGACAAGUUUCCCAGUUGGUAUUAUUUGCUAAUUUUUGAAGAUGCUUUGAAUGAAUUCAAAGACAAACAAGAUAGAGGAAACAUUGGGGUUAAAGAAGCAAAAAAAUAUGGCAAAGUCUUAUACUCUGGACCAGGACAGAAUCCUCCAAGUGAUGUAAAGAAAAAGCUUAACCUGAGAUUUGAUAUGAACACUUAUGCUUCAUACAAAUUUACUGAUUGCUGA